CCCCUGCUCAUCUGGCGGACAGCAUCCACAAGAAGAAGCACACGCGCCCAACCUUCACGGGGCACCAGAUCUUCGCUCUGGAGAAGACUUUUGAGCAGACCAAGUACCUGGCAGGUCCGGAGAGAGCACGGCUGGCCUAUUCCCUUGGCAUGACUGAGUCCCAGGUGAAGGUCUGGUUCCAGAACCGACGGACCAAAUGGAGGAAAAAGAGCGCCCUGGAGCCCUCCUCGUCCUCGCAGCGG